AUGACGGUGUGGUGCUGCCGCUGCUCCUUAACCAGCCGCUUCAGAAAUUACGGUAAUCCAGAAGCUGAAGGAUGCUUUUUGAAUUCCUUAGUGCAGUAUUUUGGUGACAAUCUUGGAACCAACGCUAAAACCAUGCCAUUACUACAAGAAAGUACGCUACCUGUGGACACAACAUUGACUUUGCCUAUAGUAAUAAUCGGUAAUGGACCUUCUGGAAUAUGCCUCUCUUACAUGUUAUCUGGAUAUAGACCAUAUUUAUCCCCCGACGCGGAACAUCCAAAUCUUAUUUUGUACAAUAAGUUAAAAGAAGCUAUUCAUCUUUCUAUUGUUGAUCAGGAAUUAGAGUACUUGGCUGAAGGCCUGGAAGGACGCUCUUCAAAUCCUGUUGCAGUUCUGUUUGACACUUUGCUUCAUCCUGAAGCUGAUUUUGGAUUUAAGUACCCACCGAUUCUUCAAUGGAAAUUUGAACCACAUCAGUGCAUUCCUCAUAUAGUGCUUGGCAAAGGACCACCUGGUGGUGCUUGGCAUUCUAUGGAAGGUUCUAUACUCACUAUCAGUUUUGGAAACUGGAUGGAAUUACCUGGAUAUGCAUUUAAAGAUUGGGCUGCUACUAAACGAAGAAAUAUAAAGUGUGACAGAGUUCUGCCAGAGGAAGUUGCAAAUUAUUACAAGCACUAUGUUAAAAUCAUGGGCUUACAGAAAAACUUCAGAGAAAAUACUUAUAUAACAUCUGUAUCAAAGUUUUAUCGUGAUCAGGACUGUGAAAGCGAAAGCCCUUUGCAGAUAGAAGAACAAGGUGGGCAGACUACACUGAUCAAAAGAAACUGGGAAAUUAGAGGUUAUCAGAGAUCAGCAGAUGGCUCUCAUAUGCCAUUCUGCUUGUUUGCUGAGAAUGUGGCUCUCGCUACUGGAACUUUUGAUGCUCCUGGACGAUUGCAAGUUGAAGGAGAAGACUUUCCUUUUGUGCUCCAUGCCAUAUCUGAUUUUGGAGCUGCCAUAGAUAAAGGAAUAUUGCAUGGGAAAACAGAUCCAGUUUUAAUUAUAGGUGGUGGACUCACAGCAGCAGAUGCAGUUCUGUAUGCUUAUAAUAACAAUAUACCUAUUAUUCAUGCAUUCCGUAGGAGGGUCACUGACCCAAGUUUAAUUUUCAAACAGCUACCAAAAAAACUUUAUCCAGAAUAUCAUAAAGUCUACCAUAUGAUGUGUACUCAGUCAGUUACUCUGGAUUACAACAUGCAUCCUGCUUAUACCAGUUUCCCUGAACAUCAAGUUCUUUCUUUUCAACCUGAUAUGAAGUGUAUCCUACAGAGUUCUUUGGGAUUAAAGAAGAUCUUAAAAUUCUCUUUAGCUGUAGUCUUAAUAGGUUCACAUCCUAAUUUAUGCUUCCUGAAGGAUCAAGGCCAGAGCAUAUGCCAUAAUCCAAAUGAACCAGUUACUUGCAAGGGCAACCCUAUUGAAAUUGAUCCAUAUACAUAUGAGUGUAUAAAGGAACCCAAUCUUUUUGCACUUGGUCCAUUGGUUGGAGACAAUUUUGUACGCUUUUUAAAAGGGGGAGCAUUGGGAAUUACACGGCAUUUAGUUGCAAAACAGAAGAAACAUCAAUUUAUAGUUGAAAGAGGUGCAGAUGGAGUGCCCUAAAGCAAAUAGACAUAGACUUAACCUGAGAAGCUGCAGGCAUAUGGUAAUAACUGAUCUGACCAUUAAUAACCAAGUGAUUAGUCUUGGCUUUAUUAUACAUACCAGUUUUUUGUGCUUGCAUUGCCUCAUAGAGGAAGAUGCUACAACAUUAUUGCAGCCUUGCAAAAUGCAAAAAAAAUGGCAGUUUUUCUGGAAUUGCUUCCAAUUAAGGCAACUGUAAUGGAUAACAAUGCAUGCCAAUUUGCUUUGGUUUCAAAGCUUAGAAAUAUAUAUAUAUAUAUAUAUAAAGUUUUUCCUCAUAAGCUAAUUGUUUUGCUAUACAAAACUAGAUGAGUAUUCAAGAAUAGAAUUUUUUACUUAACACAGAUUAAGGCAAAUUUUCAGCCAGUUAUUUGCAGUAAAGAUUUUAUAAAGUCAACCUGAGAAUGUUGCAUAUUCUGAAUCUCAAUUAGCUACAAAUUUGAGAUGUGCCUAAUCUCGUACAUCUAAAUCAGAUCUAGUGCUUGAGUCUGAUGAAGGCACUAAUCAUUAAUCUAAAACAUGCAGUAUAAUCCAGCUAAAUCUGACAUUUCACACAGAAGUCAUGCUCUAGGAAAGCAUGUGGAGAUGGGAGAAUUUGCCCAUAUUUUAUUUAGUUUCCAUUACAAUAUAUCCACAAUAUAUCUGAGGCAAAAUAGCCUGUUAAUUAUGAAAGUUAUUGCUAUAGAAACCACAAGGAUAACUAGUGGUUCUCUUUGUAUUUAAUUUUUAUAAACUAUGAAUGUUUAUUUUUUAGCAUCCUAAACUUUGAUUAUGUCCAUUGGCAGCAAUCCCUAUUGACAUCAAAAUGCAUGUGUAGAUUAGUUUCCUAAUCUCCAAUUUUAUCAAUUAUGCCCCUGCCCAUUUAAACCUGGGGUGUUUACUAUUAGGUAAAAUGAGAAGGAAAAAUGAAAUGUAAUUUAUGUUAAUAUAUUAAAAAUAUGGAACUGGAAUUGCUAACCAAUUAUACUAUUAAUAUAAAAGUUGGCUAGAAUAAAAGGCAUUUACUUUUAAUUCACCUUACCCUUAUGUAUAUUAUGGAGUAUGUAACAUAAUAAUUCUGGAUUAAAUUGCGUAUGGGAUUAAAGGAAUGUCCAACAUUUAAAGACUGC